AUGGCAGCUGCAAUGACAGUAUCAAAUAAAUCUUCUCUUAUUAAUUCAUCACAACAUUCAUCACCAAUAAUUAAUCCAAUAGAAUCGUUUUCUCCAACAUCAUCAUCAACAACACUUUCACCUGAAUCAUCCAAUUCAAUAUCAUCACCAGAUAAAUCACUUUUAUUAAAUGAACAACAACAACAACAACAACAACAAUCAAUUCGUCUUGUUGAUUAUUUUGUAGUUUGUGGAUUAGAUAAAUAUAUUGAUAUUGAACCUUUAUUGGAAUUACCUGGUGAACAAGUUUUUAAUCCAUUUCAAUGUUCAUAUCGAUGUCGUGUAUUAUGUCAUUAUCCACAUGAAGUUCCAAAUAAUUCAUUUGAUGAAGAUGCAAUUAGUCGUUUAUCAAUGCCAGAUGGUGUUUCUAUUCGACAAAAUUCUCCCGAUCCUCCAACAACACAUCCUUUUUUAAUAACACGUCUCGAUGGAACACAUUAUUAUGGUGUUGCAUUAACAUUUUUUGAACAAAUAAACAAUGAUGAUGAAAAUAUUUCUGAAUGUUCAUCAUCAACAGCAUUUAUUUCUUUAAAUCGUUUAAUUGAAAAUUAUAAUCGAACAUGUCGACAUCAACGUCGUUCAUCAUCAGUAAUUUAUGCAAGCAAAACAAUUUGUUUAAUUGGUCCACAAGCACAUUAUUCAACAUUUAAACGUAUUUUAGAACUUCUUUAUCGUAUGACAAUUGAACAUGAUUUAUUAGGUUUACCAUUUGAAGCUCAUUUAUAUAAUAUAUUACAUGAAUUAUAUAUACCAUCUCCAUCAUUAUCACAUUCAGUUCUAAAAUUUAAUGUUGGUGAACGACAACUAACUGUUUGGCAACCAAGUAUUCAUGAUGGAGAUUUACCAUUAUUAGAUUUUAAUUUGUUGGAUUUUUUUUCUUUAUUGGGUGUUGAAGGCGUUGUUGAUCUUGUUACAUGCGCUUUAUUAGAACAUCAAAUUAUUCUUAAAUCUUCAGGUAUGCAGUUUUUUAUUCUUCAUUUGGAUAAAUAA